GUUUUAAUAAUUUGUGUGUCAAAACCUAUUUGGCGUUUGAUUUUUAAUUUUUGUAUUAUUAUUAUUAAUAUUCAUCAUUAAUCUGUCUGUUCAAGUGAUGGUACAGAUCUUCGGUCUAAUUGUUACGGUAUUAGCGGCAAAGUUUGGCCUCACAUGUGCGGCCAUUGUAUUGAACGGCACUACCAAUGAUGUGAAACAAAAUAAAACUAACGGAAGAUUAGUCGCCAGCGCAGCGGCCGUCGGAUUGGUGGUCAACAACAAUGAUGGCAACAACAACAACAGUUUGGUGGCCAAUACUACAUCAUCGGUCGACAACAACAACAACAACAACAUCACGGGAACCUAUAUGACUAUUACGACAUACGAUCCGCUUAUCAAUCUAUACGGCAAUAAAAAUACUACCGGAGCCCCAGUAGUUGACUACUAUGACUAUAAUGUUACCGUAAAUACUAUGACAAACGCGUUUGAAAAUUUUCCGACAGAUAUUAUGCCCGAAUGGUUGCGAAACAAUGGUGGCAUUAUAUUUCACAUAUUUUUCUUGGCCUACUGUUGUGUGGGACUGGGAGUUGUAUGCGAUCUAUAUUUUCUACCGUCACUGGAAAUUAUUAGCGAAAAGCUGGCCUUACCGGCCGACAUAGCCGGUGCCACAUUCAUGGCCAUUGGCACGUCGGCGCCCGAACUGUUUACCAGUAUUAUCGGCGUAUUUGUAUCGCAGGACGACAUCGGCGUCGGUACUAUACUGGGAACGGCUGUCUUCAAUUUGAUUGUCAUACCGGCCGCGUGCGGGUUUGCCGUCAUACUGUACUGUCCGAAAACUCCCGAAAUUAGCCGAUUCCCGAUACUCAGGGACUCGAUUUUCUACAUAUUGACAAUUAUUGCACUCAUAUUAUGCAUUAAAGAUAAUCAAGUAGAUUGGAUCGAGUCGUUGACACUAAUAUCACUGUUUAUGAUGUAUUUGGUUAUCAUGUAUAUGAAUACCUAUUACAUGCGUUUGCUGGGACCGGACGAUAACGUAUUCAACGAGGAAACACCAUUGCUUAGGGAUAGUAGGACCACAUUGUUGGACAAGGCUCACAAAGAGUGGAACGGUAUUACUAGUGUAGGCAAUGGACGCGACAGUGUCGGUGGUGGCGGUGGUGCCGACUAUAAUGAUAAUAACGAUGAGGAAGAUAUGAUGAACUCGUUUAACAGCAGCUCAAGAAUCACCACCAGAUCACGUGCGGGCAGUCAUAACCAGAAGCGCAUUGUAUUCAACGAUAUGAAUGUUGGCGAUGAUGAGGACGAUGACAAUUGGGUCAAUAAAAACGUUGUCUGCAAGUGGAUGCUGAUGCCGAUGACACUGUUACUGAUGAUAACAUUACCGAAACCGACCAAAUGGUGUUUCAUCUUAACAUUUACCAUAUCUGUCGUAUGGAUCGGUGCACUGACCUACGUGUGCGUCUGGAUGGUCACCAUCAUUGGUUUUACAUUUGGUUUGCCCGACACUGUAUCGGGUCUGACACUGUUAGCCGCCGGCACAUCCGUACCGGAGCUAAUAUCCAGUGUCCUAGUAGUACGUAAGGCCAGUCAGGCCGAUAUGGCCAUCUGUAACUCGAUCGGGUCCAACAUAUUUGACAUAUUAUUUUGUUUGGGUGUCCCGUGGCUAUUGAAAUCGGUUAUCUGGAUGUUUCAAAAGGGUACCAUCGAUCUGGCCUCGACUGCCGUACCCAUUGAUUCGACAGCAUUACCGUUGACCACGUUUUGUCUAUUGAUGUCCAUAUUUGCAUUGUUGGCCACAUUUCAACUAACAAAAUGGAAAUUAGGUCUAACAGUAGGCAUUGUCUGUAGUAUUAUAUACAUUAUAUUUGUCAUCAUUUCAUCAGUACUAGAGAUAUCAUUAGAUAAAUAA